CCGGCGCUGCAAUUUCGGAAUCUGCCCUUGUAUAUGGCGGACGAAAUUUCCAUGAGGAACCGCAACGCAAAUCCCCCGUGCAGGGCAGAAAACGGCGAGCUUGCACGGACUGAGUAAAACCUCGGCAAAUUCACGACUCAUUACGCCAUUACUCUUUCUAAAAUGUAACGCGGCGCGUCGCGGUUGGGAAGAAAGGCUGUGGCGAAAAUUUGUAACAUUUGGAAUUUCUCAUAAGUAAUUCACAAUUUCUGAGGAAGCAGUUGUGCAGUCGCCUCUGGCCGCAGAGGGAAGCUUUCUGGAGCGCGAGCCUGUUUCGCAUGAGCUGCAUCGUUCUUGGAGAAGCACAGGCUCAGAGGAGGUGGAGUCAUGAGUGCACAAGAGGUACCCAAUCCUGGGAAGGAGCAGGCGGACGGUGGGAGUGCAGCCACAGAUGGCCCCUCACCAACCUCAGCCCCCAAAUCCAAGAGUACUAGCCCACCACCUGUCACAAUAAAGAAAGAGCCUGGGACCUCGGAGACGAGUAACGGGAAAGUGGGUGAUGCCAACCCUGCUGAGAUCUGUGUUGUCAUUGGGGGAAAUGAUGGAGGGGCAAGUGGAGGUGGAUCCCGUAGAGCUCAGACCGAGGGUAUGUUUGCCCUUGGUACUCCUCCUCCAACGAAGAGCACAGACUCAUGCAUAGGUUCCUAUGUAUGUGGGGUUUGUGGGAAGAAGUACAAGUAUUAUAACUGCUUUCAGACACACGUGAGGGCACACAGAGAAUCAGAGAGCAUGGUUGGAGACGGUCUACCCCCGACACCCAACAGUAGCUUCCGUUACUCCUGUGACAUCUGUGGCAAGAAGUACAAAUACUACAGCUGCUUCCAGGAGCACCGUGACCUGCAUGCAGUUGAUGAUCCGUAUGAACAGGUAGUGUUACCUGUUGAUGGCCUUAAAGAGGAGGAGCCAGUUGAACCCUACCAGAAAAUUGGACCAAAAACUGGGAGCUAUGUUUGUGAGUUCUGUGGGAAGCAGUACAAGUAUUUCAACCCAUACCAGGAGCAUGUUGCUCUUCACACACCGAUGGGCUCCUAUGAUUUGAAAGCAACACGGGUGCAGGAAUGUGGUAGCAUGGAUAUGAGUAAAUUUGGCCACAGCCAAGCCGGUAAGAUAAAAAACAGUCCAUUCAGGCGGAAACUGGAAAGUGCAAUUCAGUCUAGUCUGGUUGACACAAACAGCUCGCAGAAUUCAAGCGGAACUCCGAGCCCUCUGGUGGCCACCUCCUUCUCUACAACCCAGAAACCCUACACUUGUGGUGCCUGUGGCAUCCAGUUCCAGUUCUACAACAACCUGCUGGAGCACAUGCAGUCCCAUGCUGCGGACAACGAGAACCACACCAAAGGGGAUUCUCCCAAAACCUCCUCAGCCGCCGGUCCUCAAGAGCAGCUGUGGAGGGGUUCUCAGGCUCAGGCUCAGGUUCAGGCCCAGGCCCAUUCCUCAGUUAAACUACAAAUCCAGCCUCAAAGUAUCUCCCAGAGAAACCACACUCUCAGCCAGAAUAACGGACUACCUGAGAAGGAGCGACAGCAGGUGGCUGACCGCCUCUUACGGGUAAUGUGUUCAGAUCUGAGCAUGCUGAAUGUGCUCAACAGCAAGGACUUCCUGAAGUUGGCACAGACCCUCGUGGAUACGGGUGCUCGUCAUGGUGCCUACUCCACCCGCGAUGCCCUUGGCAACAUGAGUGCCUUGGCACUGCGCCAGCUGCCCCGCAUGUACAACCAAGUCAAAGUCAAAGUCACGUGUGCUCUCGGCUCCAAUGCUUCACUUGGCAUCGCUGUCACCUGCCACUCCCAGACAGCAGGCCCGGAUGCCUGUUACGUUCUAACAGCCUAUCAGGUGGAGGGCUCGAGACUGAGGCGCUACGUGCUCGGCGUGAGGGAGGCUGAGCUGAGGGAAGGGCCCGAGCAGGUGCACCACUGGGUGCAGAAUGUGCUGUCUGAGUUUGUGAUGUCAGACAUUCGCACCGUGUAUGUCUCGGAGCCCCGGGUUUGGGCGGCAGGAUUUGCGGGGUCGCCACUUGGCGGCGGUGGCCGGGGCAGGAUAUGCCUGCGAUGCGCGGGGUGUUCACUCGGCGCGGUCGUCCAGGCUGUUCUCGGGAAGCGCAGCCUCCAGGCUCGAGGUCUUCACGAGUUGGCUGAGCUUCUCUCAACAUGCCGAGAUAUCGCCUCCUCGUCCACGCUGGCCCUUCGCGAGGACCAGUGCACCAACACAUCUGCAAGCACAACCGAGGAGGGUACACAGAGCAGCCCUGCACAAUGCCCCACCCCUCCUUGCUGGGAUCGAAUGGCUGAAGCUCUCCUGCAGGUCCAUGCUCACUUUGAACAGAUUUGCGAGGCUUAUGGACGCAGUAAGGCUACAGCUCCACUCCUCCAGGGUCUCAACAAGCAUCUGCUGGGGACGCUGGCUUGUCUGCUGGCACCGCUGCGUCUGGCAGCUCUAGAGCUGAGCAGCCAGAGGAGACCAACCUUACAGCAGGUGCUGCCCGUCUACCUACGGUUGGAGAAGUUUUUCACGUCCAAAGCUGGAGAGGCUGGAACUGGCACGGCUAGCAAACUCUGUCACUACUUCCUGGAAGCACUGAAGGAAAACUUUAAGGUUGAACGAGCCCACCAGGUAGCCAUGGUCCUGGACCCACAGCUCAAGCUGCGUUCAGUGCCGGCCUACCAGCAUGAAGACAUAAUCUCCCGUGCAUGCGAAAUGGCUGCUGACACCAGGGAUGGAGGUAUGACAGGUGGCGGAGGUUCAGGUGGCGAAGAGCGGGAUACUGACGGCCCACCAACCCCUAAAAUAAGCCGCAUAGAGGGAGGGGGAAACAAUGGCGGCACCUCAAGGGGGACCUCCUCGUCUUGCACAAUGUCAGGUAAUGAUGACAGCCAGAGCCAAGUCAGGCAGGAGAUUUUUCAGUACCUGGCCGAGCCUCUCCUGCAAGGCACGCCCGACCUCUUCCAGUACUGGAGCUCAGCAGUGGGUGAGAAGUUCCCCAGGCUUGCCCGCCUGGCGCUGUGGCUCCUCGCCGUGCCUGCUGUGGGCAUACGGAGCGAGUGCGUGACUGUGUGUGAGCAGAGCCUGGCUAUGAAGAGGAGGCAGCAGGUAACCACUGAGGAGAUGAACAAACUCAUUUUCCUUCGCUCCAAUAUGGGCUAGGAGAGAAACCCAACCAACCCUAACCAACCAAACCUUCACCUCCAACCAAUGACUUAAGACUAUUAUUUAUAUACUGUAGGUCUAGACCAACUGUAAACUUAAAUGUGUAUGGACAUUAAAUACUCCUCAAGACAGAUAUUUACAGGAAACUCACAUUGUACAGGUUGCAAACACCCAUAAACAAAUAUGGCUUAUUACAUGUUUUAUACAGAGAAAGGACUGUCGUAAAGUACUGUGGACAAAAUGUAGGGGUGGAACGGUAACUCUCAAAAGAUUGUCCUGUUUGGUACGCCACCCUCGGUAUGGGAUGCACAUGUAAGCAGGAUGAGUUUCACUCUUAUCACAGCCAGUGAUUUGAAUUACUCCAGCCUAAUGACUAAACUGCUAAAAGGCUACAAUGCUGUUAUUCUCACUGGACGGCAACAUUUUCAGGUAAAGUCAGCUUUCACUGCUUGAAACCGGUGUCACAGACCUUUUGAAAACAAGCCUACUGGAUAUCAAAGAUGUCCAAGAGAUAUAUAGCAGUUAGGUGCUGUAGCAUGUACAGUGUGUCGGAGAAUGGUCCUUUCCAUCGGUUUGUGACAAGAGAUUCAAGUGGUGAAUCCUCACUGCCAUUGCACCUCUGACAAUUAAGUGUACCUGGUUUAUAAUUUCCGAUCCCGCAUCACUGAAAAUUAUAUUUUUCAGCAUAUUCAGCCACGGGAGAUGCUCAGGCAAUUGAGAGCAAAAUCAUUGCGGCUAAUUUGACGGUUGCUUAAGUGGCCUAAAAUGUAGCUGUGGAACAUUUGCAUGCAGUGCGCUGUGUGCAUUAUUCAUCCAAAAGGGUAAAAAGCAGCUGUUGGAACAUUAAUAACAAUAUGAUGCGUCCCUUUUUGUUUGUUCCAAACUGUAAAAAGGAGAAAAAGGGUCAUCCAAUGGUUCGUUUUCUUCCGAAGAUUAACUCAAGAGGUCUUAUGCUGCUAGAUAUGCAAGUCAAAUGGCUAGAUUUGCACAGAAGGGCCAGUAUCAUGAAGUUAACUUGAAUAAAAUCAAGCUUUUGGUUGAGUUUUUGUAAUUUUUUUUUUCCCCCACAGAGGACAGCAUCAUAUUACUAUAUUACUAAAGCUGUACCGUAGCUGGGCUGCACCAACAGGAAAUCAAAUAUCAUGCUGGAUAAAUGAUUCUUACAUUAUCCUUUAAUACUCAGCAGUACAACCCAGCUUGUAUGUCAGCAUCUUAACGAUAAUGACGUCUAGAGGCCAUUUUGCAGUUUCCAGGGCUGGUGAUUCAGGAAUGUCACACCAGUCCGCUCUGUGAAAAGAGACACCUACAGUCGACUGUAGUUGCUCUCAGAUAAACAGCAGUUACGUUAUUAGCCAUCAGUUUGGUAAGCUCGUAGGCAAGGGUUUAGUUCAUAAUUGCUUAAGUCCUUGUGUGGUUACCCACUGUGCGUAUGUGUGUGUAUGUGUUUUUAACGCUUAUUUAGUCGAGACUCGUUCAUAGGAAAGCUAUUUAUUUAUUCUUCUUUCCUCAUUUAUCAUUCUAAUAUAAACAUUGUCUUCCGUAUGUAAGCUACAGGUUUCCAUUUUUAAAGCAAUAAGCUUUAUCGUAGGGCAGAGUUUCCAACUGUAUCUGCUGAAAACGACUGUUCUCACGACGCUCCUACAGUAAAUCAUAAAUGGUAAAUUAUUUUCUGUUUGUGAAAUCAACGGGAUUUUCUCAGGAAUGAGUGCACCCACGCAGGCACCGCCACUUUUUUCCUCACUGUACCGAAAACACACCAAACUGUGACCUCAAUGCCGAGGUAUGUACUGAACCGAGACUUUUGUGAAACGUUCCACCCCAAAUACAGUUAGUGCCACUCGCAACAAACGAAGAACACGGAUCACUGAGGGUUUGUUUUUUUCAGGAUGAUGCGAAUUCUGCCAGUACAUUCACUAAAGUCAACACAUGCAUACUAAUGAAGUCAAUUUAUUUAUUUUUUUAUGGAUUCUAGUAUACAUUUACUCAAGCUGAUACCUCCUAAACUGACUUGGAUGAAUGGAAGUUAUACUGUAAAUUUGUUUGUUGCCUGUGGUACUAAUUAGUCAAGUACUAGUUUGUCAUCUCUGUUUUUGGGCCUUAAGUCUCUUUCAUGCGACCACCUUAAAUCCUACAGUCCAAACCAACAUCAUGCCUUUUUAUUGCUGUUUAAUGGCCUUCUUUUCAUCAUAUUUUCUAAAGCUUGUAGUUGCUUAUUUAUUUAUUUUUAAUUUUUUGACUUAUGGCUGGUGGUUGGAAACAGUGCCCUCUAGUGGUCAAAUGUGGUAUUUGACAAGUGCUUUAUUCCAAAGUUCCCCAGUUUGAAAAAAGGUUGAACUUAUUGAAAAUGCAUGCUUUUGGAGUAAUCUCUUUCUUUAUUAAAAAGGUCAGGAAUUAUUUAAACAAUAACACACCCAAGCACAAGUAUCCACUAUAUAAACUUAUUAAAAGAGUCGAUGGGUGAUUAGAAAUCGUAUUAGCUGGUCUUCACUGGGGGUCAUACCAGAGCAAGAAGAUAUAUCAACACUGAUGUUAUGGUGGGAGACCAUUUAGAUUAUUUUUCUAUCAUAAUGUGUGUGGUCUUUUGAUCCUCAAGGGUGCAGUACGGUAAAAUGCUCCACAUGAAUGAACAGGGAAUGUCUCCACCUGCUUGGCCAGGAUGCUGUUUUUGAGGUUUCACAUCAUCACCUCUGUAUUCCAAUAUUAACACUAAUAGGAAUGACUGAAAAUGCACGAUUGACAGCAAAAAAAUAUCUCUUUUUGUCAUGUUUCCCAGCUUUAGGCCCCAGUGUAACUUAAGGUACGGUCACAUUACACUUCUGCCCAAGUCCCUCAGUCUCCCGUUCGUUUCAACUGAAGCACGUUGGGACAUAUUCAAGCAUCCAUUUCCUGUUUGUGAUCUCCAUCCGUCAGAGUUCACCUUUUGUUCAACUUUGAUGUGCACAAACGGCCAAUAGGAACACUGAUGAAGUGUACUUGGAAAUGUAGAAGUCACAGUUCUAGCCCUGUGGCACCACUUUAAUUUGUACAAUAUCACAAUAAGAGACUGAAAACUGCUGCAGCGCCCCCCUUACACAGUUUACAGUCAGUGAUCGCUCUGGUCAACAUUAACUGAUUACGUAUUUGGCGUCCUUUUUGUGCGGGCGGCGUCGUCAAACGCGAGGCUAACUGUGACUGUACCUUUCAGGUUGCAAGGACACAGGAAGUAGGAAGUCAGUACACUGCAAAUAGGAAAUUAUAGGGCAUCAGGUCUACAGUGUAAAGCCAAGACCAGAUCAGGGUCUCACUAGAAUGUUCAGACCUUGACCACACGUAUACGGAUAUUUUGCAGAACAAACAUUUCUGCAUUAGGGUGUCUUGUUCACACCGUUUUAGGUCACUAUAAGGGAUAUCAUUUUAAAAGGUGUAUUUGUAUUUUUUUGUAAUGAAACAACAACAAUGGUGGACUACUGGCUAGUUUACAUUUGGUUGACACUGUCAGGCCGUGUGCCAGAAAGGUGUUAAACAGCUACAAAUAAUUAGUCCGUAUUGUUUGUGUUUUUAAGCAACUAUCACCAAACUACUCAAUGCUCAUGCUCAGACAGCUCUUCUCUGGUAUUUGGUUGAUGUCGACUUUAUUGCCACCUACAGGCCUGGCUUGCUUGUUUGAGUGUUUGGAAUUGUUUGUUCUCAUCUGUGUGGAGAUAUUUUGAAGGUCGUGUGGACCGAACUGUCCGUUUUUAAAAGAAUAUCCGUGUAUGUAUGGUCAAGGCCUCAGUCUACGUGACAGCAGUUAUGUCAGCUUUGUCAACUUUUAAUAGAAAUCCAUAAAAUGUCAAAUGCUUCAGGUGUGUCAGGCAGUCACAGGCGAAUGGCUCUACACUGCAAACUGUUGUAAGAUGUUUUUUUUUUUCAAUAGACUCCUUUACCUCCAGUAACAGCUUUGAUUUAUUAUUUCGUAAAUGCUUUUUUUCCCCCUAAAGAAUAACUUAACACUAGGCUGAAAAGCACUGUUCUGCUGCCCUCUCUGGUUGCACCUGUAACCACACCCAGCAGUGAUGUCAUGUGGUCUUGGAGUUCACCUGUAGGUCACUGCAGCCAGGUGAGAAGUUAUCAACUAGGAUUUUCAGGGGUGUCAAGUCACAAUAUUAUGAUUUCUCAAAAAUGUCAUGUUUUCAAGGUUCUUAAAAGUAAUUCUUACUACGUUUGAUUUGAUUUGGUUAUUCACCCUCUUCAAUGUUUAUCCGUUUUUCCUCUAAAGCUUUUUGGAGAAUGACUUGAUUCAAUGUAACCAAGACGUACAUUUUUUUCAUCAUGAUAAUAUCUGAAAUCAAUAUAUGUGUACUGCUGUUUUCAAACUGAUUUAUGUCACACAUUUAUAUUUUGGUAAAAAAAAACAAAUGAAGAAAAGAAAUUGCUGUAAAUUAUAUUUUAAAUUUAAUUUUCUAAGAACCAAUCCAAUGUUUUACCUCAGUACUCGGAAGGUAAUGUUGUAAUUAAAAAAGAAAAUUGGAAAUCAGCAGUUCAUGCAACUAUUUAGCUUUGGUCAAAGAUGUAGUCAAAAUACUGUAUAUUGGUUUGCGGUUUUAGCAGUGAUCCUCGAUUGAACUGAUGAAGGGAUUUUUCUUACAGUUUUUAAAUAAGUAUUUUAAAUAGAAUAUGCUCUGGGACAAAAUGCCAUUGUUGACAUAAUGAUGUCAACUUGAUUUUACUUAGAAAUAGCGUUCUUUUUGUUGAUUAAAUAAGAAUUAUAUCUAAGAUAUGCAUGCUUUUAAUAAGAGUACUGAUAUAUAAAGUUAGAGUCGACAUGAUUCACUUGCAUCUGAUGACAAACACUGGCUUAUGAGUAGACCUUACCUUAAGACACUAUCAAGAGUCAGAUAAGCAACCCGGGCUGAAUUUGAACCUUUCGAGGUGGGUGUAGCGAUACUGAUCAUGGGUUGGUGUUGGUGGGUUGACAUCAUCCAUUUUCAGAGGAUGUAUUAUGUAUAUACAAGAGAACUGCUGUUUUUACGCCACAAGGGGGAGCCUUCAUUUCAGAGAUACAAGUAGGGAACACCAAUAACAUUAUACCUCUAUUUUCUACAGUAGCAUUUCAAAAGGUUUUGAUAUAAUAGAAAACUCAACUUAGAUACUGUUACUAGAAAAUUGAAAUCAGCUGUAAGUUUUAUUUUGUUUCAGGAUUUUAACUUAUUCAGAUAUUAAUUGUACAAUAUGGUAUAAGAAUGCUAACAUGGAGAUUUGUUCUGUUUAACUAUGGAUUAUAGUCUGUAUUAUCAAUUCAGGUUAAGAAAUUAGUGUUGCUUUCCUCCUAUUUUACAGGCAUUACUUCCUUUUAUACUCUGCUAAAUUGCAAAAAAAAUGUGUUUGAUUCUCUUCUUUUUUAUCGCACUUUGGCAGCAGAUUCCUGUGUAGCUUCAGAUCUGAGUUGUCUUAUUAGUAAGCCUAAUUUAUACUUUUGUAGCAACACUAUUUUUAUAUAAUGGCAAAGAAAGGGUUCAGUGUCUUCUUUUGUUCUGUUUUGUUUUGUUUUUUUUCCUGUGUUACAUGUGGCAGCGCUGUUCAAUGUUUCUUGAAUACAUUACCCACUGUAGUAUGUGAUGUGUGAAUAAACUCCAAAUUU